ACGUGAUGCUACGUGACUUACAAUUAAUUGAAAAACACCCAAAGCCUUUAGGUCUAAUCUUUGAAAUAAAAAAGGUCACCGGAUGUAUCCAUUGUAAACAGAAAUAUUUUCAAGAUGAGCCGAACGGGUUCUGAAAUAAGAAAAUCAGAAGCUCAGUCAAAGAUGAUACAAGAUAGAAUAACAGCUAUAGAACGUCAUCUUGGUACUUUAUGUGAUACAUUAUCAUCCUACACAAGAAAAACAGCAAGACUUAGAGACAAGGGUGAUCUUUUAGCUAAAGAAAUAGUGAAUUAUGCAGAGUAUGAAAAAAUUAAUCCAACAUUAAAGAAAGGGUUGACAUCUUUUGCAGAACAUCUAUCAGCUGUACAAGAUUACAGACAAGCUGAGGUUCAAAGAUUAGAAGCUAAAUCUGUAACUCCAUUAAGUAAUUAUGGAUUAUUGUGUAAACAAACAAAGAAUGAAUUGAAAUCUGCUUUUGCAGCCCACGAUAGAGAACAUUCACAAAGGAAGAAAUUAGAUAAAAUACAGCAGAAACAUCCUUCUGAUCAACAACAGAUUUCACAGGCCCAGACUGAGCUACAGAAAGCCAGUGUAGAUGCUACAAGAACAGAGAGAGCUUUAGAACAACAGAUGGAAAGUUUUGAAAGUAAAAAGUUACAAGAUAUUAAGAAAGUUCUGACAGAUUUUGUGAAUAUAGAAAUGAUAUUUCAUGCCAAGGCUUUAGAAGUAUAUACCCAGUGUUUUCAAAGUUUAUCUGUGAUUGAACCAGAGUACGAUCUAGAGGAAUUUUUAACCCAAAUUCAUCCAAAUAAUGAUUCAAGAAGAUUAUCAAUAGCUUCAACAGCUUCUUCAGCAGACAGACUGACUACUCCAGGAUCAACACCAGCUAGUCAACGC